CAAAUAAAUCAUAGUAUUAUAAUGGACAGAGAACGAUCAAUGGAAGAAUCCAAACAUCAAAUUGUUAGAGUGGGGGAGGGAGAGAGAGAGAGAACAGGAACCUUCACAGAAGCACACCAAUCGGACAUUUUAAGCCAAUUCAUCCCAUCAAUUAUUAAGUUUGCGUCUAGCCACCGCCCACACGAUCCUGUAUUCCCCGCAAGAUGAACCUUCCUAGAAACUUAUAUUCCUGGGAAUAAAAUAAAGGAAAAAUCUUAAAAUGUGGAUGGAUAUCAAUGAAUUUGAUGUGUUAACUUUCUUUUGAGCUUCAUUAGAAACUGCCCAAAUGAUAUGGGACCAUAUCGAAAAAGCAAUGACACUUUCCAUGCUUAUAAAAGGUCAGAUAAAUCUGUCAACCUUAGCUCAUCCCUAAGGCUUUAUAUAUUUUUCCACGCCCAAAUAUUGUCCUGAGUUUUCUCAUCAACAGAAAUGGAGAAGGGUCAAAUUGGGAUGAAAACUGCAACAAGCGGCGAGUAUCAGGAUUUGUUACCGGUUAUGGCAGAGAAGCUUGAUGUAAAGACUUUUGUGUCUGAAUUAUGUGGGGGCUUUCGUCUUCUGGCGGACCCCGAAAAGGGGUUGAUUACAUCAGAAAGUCUGCGAAGGAAUUCGGCACUACUAGGGAUGGAAGGGAUGAGCAAAGAAGAUGCAGAGGCUAUGGUGAGAGAAGGAGACCUUGACGGAGAUGGAGCACUCAAUGAAACAGAAUUCUGCGUUCUGAUGGUGAGACUGAGUCCUGAGAUGAUGCAGGAUGCUGAAACCUGGCUCCAGAAAGCACUUGAACAGGAACCAAGGACAUCCUCACCCUGAUUUUUCCUGUUGUAUUAACUUAGAAGAAGGUUGUCUCUUUCAUUAUGUUGUACGAGCAGGUUGUAAUUGAUGAGCACAAUGAACUUCAUUUUGUACUGCA